AUAUUAAAAGGAAAAAAAAAAAUGUCUUCAGUACCAUUAAAAAAUUUAGACAAAGUCACAAAAUCUCAUUUAGCCGCCACAUAUGCAGCACUUAUUCUUCACGAUGAAGGAUUAAAUAUAAAUGGAUAAAAAAUUUUAGAUUUAAUAAAUGCUGCAGGUGUUAAAGAUUUUGAGAAAUUCUAUGCUAAAUUAUACGCAAGCAAUCUCAAUAACGCCAGUAUUGAAUAAGCAAUUUCUACUGGAGGUGCUGGAGCUUCAAGUGCCCCAGUAACUGCUUAAACUUCUGCUCCCGUUGAAGCUAAAAAAGAAGAAAAAAAAGCUGAAGCUAAAAAGGAAGAACCCAAAAAAGAAGAAGAAGAAGAUUACGAUAUGGGAGAUCUUUUCGGUUGAUUACUUUUUUAUUUUCACUUAAAAAAAAUGGAAAGAAAUAAUAAAUGGUUAAUUAUAGAUUUAUAUAAAGUUUUUUAGUUAAAAAAGUUUAUUCUUAUUUCUGUUUUUUUUAUAUAAUUAUUAUUACAUUUAUAUUUUUUUGUGCAUGUAUCGAAAAUGUAGGCUUUUAUUUAAAUUAGUU